CGGGGUAGAACAUCCUUGGAGGCGUACAAAUGGGCAAGAACCCCGAUGACUCACUCCGAAAGCAUAAUACUCCCAAAUCCUGACCUUCUAAAUAAGCUUUUCGCGGAUAAUUUCACCAUGUCUCCGGCAGAAGGGUACGAACACACCGAAGCUUUCAACCAGGACGAUAUCCAAGUCAGCACCAUCCACCGUAUCCAUUACGCUCAAUAUGGGAAACCAGAUGGGAAGCCUGUGAUAUUUUUCCAUGGUGGCCCUGGUGGCACCGGAGCCGUCGCUACCAAUGCCCGCUUUUUCGAUCCCGCCGUUUUCCGCGUUGUCCUGCUCGAUCAACGCGGUGCUGGAAAGUCUACGCCGCAUGCCGACACCCGCGAGAAUACGACUCAGCUGUUGAUCCAGGACACGGAAACUCUGCGCGAGCGUCUGGGGAUCAAGAAAUGGCACAUGGUGUUUGGUGGCAGCUGGGGCUCGACGCUUGCGCUCGCCUACGCGCAAGCGCAUCCUGAAGUCUGCGGUUCUCUCGUCCUUCGCGGUGUCUUUCUCGGGGUGACUGAUUUCUCCUUCAUCAUGAAGAGUACCGGGUUGUUGUAUCCUCAAGAGGCGGAUCGGAUGCUGGGGUAUCUUCCGGAAGAAGCGCGGAGCACGCCGCUGGAGUCUUACCACAAACUCAUCAUGUCUGAAGACCAGAAAGUCGCGAAUGAGGCAGCGGCAGAGUGGAACAGGUGGGAGCUAAGCACUUCCAAGAUCAAGCAAGACUCCGUGGAGGACAUCGAGGCAAAGCUUGCGGAUGAGGUUUGGAACAUGCAGCAUGCAAAGAUGGAAACGCAUUACUUCAUGAACGGGUGCUUCUUGGAGAAGGACCAGCUGUUGAACGGAUGCGAAAAGAUCAAGCACAUUCCCACACGUAUCGUGACAGGACGAUUCGACGUAGUCUGUCCGCCUCGUGAAGCAUACGAAGUUCACAAACGGCUCCCAUGGUCAACUUUGACUCUGAGCCCCCUCUCGGGUCAUUCUGCAUUUGAGCCGGAAAAUCUCAAAACCCUGGUAGAGUAUUGUGACGAACUAGGUCAGAAAGACUUACACCUGUAA